GGAAAGAAACCGGACCGGGACCAGAUCUAUACAGCUUUCUGAGAACCGGGCGGGAGAGAAGCUAAAACGCUACCUGACUCGAGAUCUUCACGUAAGCACAUUCACAGAUCUUCUUUACAUAAUUACUGCUUUGGAUUUGCUCCCACUUUUAGGUAAUUUGCUCAAUUUUCCUGUUUCGUAAUCUGCAUUCAUCAAUAAUUCUAUUUCUUUUAGGUCAUCACAGGAUUUGAAGAUGUGUAUGCAAUUUGGUACCGUUUCCGGCUUGCAAUUUAGGGUUUGAAUGGAUAUUAAAAGUUUAAAACCGCAUUGUGAGAAUUAGGGUUACAAUUUGUAUGAAAUUAUGUCUAUGAACAACACUAAUCCCCAAAAGAACAACACGAAUCCACCAAACCCUAAUCCCCAUCAUCUGUCAAGCCAGUUUCAGCUCCCUCAGUUUUCCGCAGCCCAGGCGCAUGCGCACGCGAUCGCGCAAGCGCAGUUAAACGCUCAGGCCAAAGUUGCAGCUCAGGCUCAGGCUAACCAUGCCCAGUUUCAAGCCCAGCUUCAGGCUCAAGGUCUGGCGCUUACUAAUUCGCCCCUCUUUUCGGGAUCGGGCAAUACAAGUGCCAAACGCGCGCCUCAGAAGCCACUCGGGCGGCCGCCUGGAGUGUCGAACGCUAAUGCUGGUUCUCCCAUGAGGACCAUGGAGCUUACGCCAGCUGCCCGUCAUAAAAAGAAACAGAAGGUUUCUGGAAAACAGAUACAUGACAGAGUGGCUGCGAUUCUGCCACCGUCUGCUUUAUACACGCAGCUUCUUGAAUUUGAGUCACGUGUUGACGCUGCUAUAAUAAGAAAGAAGAUAGACAUUCAGGAAGCUGUUAAAGACCCACCUUCUGUUCAGAAGACGCUUAGAAUAUAUGUGUUUAACACGUUUGCGAAUCAGGUUCAAACGAUUCCUCAAAAGCCGAAUGCUGAGCCGCCUUCUUGGACGAUGAAAAUUAUAGGGAGAAUAUUGGAAGAAGGAAUGGAUCCUGAACCGCAGGCUGGUAUGAUGUCGAAACCGAACCCGUUGUACCCAAAGUUUUCAUCUUUCUUUAAGAGAGUUGGUAUACAGUUGGACCAAAAACUGUAUCCUGAUAAUCAUACGAUUUUGUGGGAUAGUUCUAGAACCCCGACACCUCAUGAAGGGUUUGAAGUCAAAAGAAAAGGUGAUAAGGAGUUUACUGUGAAUAUAAGGUUAGAAAUGAAUUAUCUGCCUGAGAAAUUUAAACUUUCGUCUUCUUUAAUGGAAGUUCUUGGAAUUGAAGUUGAUACUCGAACAAGAGUUAUUUCCGCCAUCUGGCAAUAUGUCAAAGCUCGGAAGUUACAAGAUGCGGAUGAUCCAUCGUAUUUUAAUUGUGAUCCACCGCUUCUUAAAGUAUUCGGUGAAGAAAAAGUGAAAUUUUCCAUGGUAUCACAUAAGAUUUCAAGUCAUUUGUCUCCACCGCCACCUAUACAUUUGGAGCAUAAGAUGAAGCUCUCGGGGAACAGUCCAGCUGGCAAUGCAUGUUAUGAUGUACUGGUGGAUGUGCCGCUUUUAGUACAAAAAGAUUUGAAUGCUUUAUUGGCUAACAAUGAGAAAACCAAGGAAAUUGAAGCCUGUGAUGAGGCAAUAUGUACGUCAAUAAGAAAGAUAAACGAGCAUCGUAAAAGGCGGGCUUUCUUUCUUGGAUUUAGUGAGUCUCCUGUUGAGUUUAUCGAUGCUUUGAUUGAAUCUCAAGGCAAAGAUUUGAAGCUUCUUGUUGGGGAUGCAAAUCGUAAUGCUGAAAAAGAAAGUCAAGCUGAUUUCUAUAACCAACCCUGGAUUGAAGAUGCAGUUAUCCGUUAUCUGAAUCGCAGACCAGCCCGUAAAAGCACAUGAUUGGUUUGGAAAUAUGCUGAUGGAACAUGGAAUAAACGGUAAUCAUCUUUUGAAUGUGCUAACGACCGUUUUGUUUUGGUAUAUCAACUAUGUAGCUGCAUAUUUAGUAAUUAGAAUCUUUUUAAUUUCAUGUUAUGUCUGGUUUUCUAUCUUAGAAAUAUCCGUUACCUUAUGAAAAUUUCUGAAUUCAAGUAUAUUUUUUGUUAUGUGGACCUUCGUGGUUCAUUAA